GAACAAAUCGUGGUGCAUCAUAGUGCAUCUACGAACCAAACAGCGGAAGAUUUUGCGGAAUAUCAUGUUUUAACGCAUGGCUGGCCCGGCAUUGGGUAUCAUUUUGUUGUUGAAAAAGACGGCAAAAUAAUAAUGGGAAACCCAUUGACAAAUAUAAGCUAUAACACUGAAAAUCAAAACACUAAAACAGUAGCAAUCUGUUUAAGUGGCAAUUUUGAGGUAGAACAGCCCACAGCUGCCCAAAUGGCUAGUUUGGGCAAUUUAAUUGCUUAUUUACGCAACGAAUUGCCACAGAGCCUACAAGUGUACGGGCAUAGAGAUUUUGCUGCGACUAGCUGCCCAGGGAAUAAUUUAUACAUCCAAUUACCACAAUUUAAACUAGCGUAA